AUCCAGUCUGCUGCUCCCCCUCCAGACCAGACUGACCGACGACACUCACCGGACCUCCGUCUCUCCGUGGACCCUCGACCGACGACCUGAAUUCCGCCCGCAUCUACAGGUUCUCAUGAUGGAGGAAAUGGACUUUGAGAGGCGCCGUGAGCUCAGGAGGCAGAAGAGGGAGGAGAUGCGACUGGAGGCUGAGCGGAUGUCAAGGAAUGACGACGACGAGGAGGAAGCUGCUCGCGAGCGACGGCGGCGAGCACGCCAGGAGAGAAUGAGGAUCCGAGAGGCCGAAGAGUCGAGCGCUGCGACGGAGAACGUCCCAAUCAGUAACAGCCACAGCAUCUCAGAGUCGGUGACAGUUAGCAACAUUGGCGGUGGCAAUGAUGAAGACCAGGCACUGCAGGAUCUGAUGGCCAAACGGGAAGAGCGGCGACAGCGACGUCUGAAGGAGGCGCAGGAGCGUCAGAGGCAGCUGGAUGCGGAAAACAGCGCCGCCAUGGUGGAGCAGGAGAGGUCUGCGUCAUGGCGCCGCGGUCGUCGUGGUGAGGAGGAGGAGGAGGAGAAGACGUACAGAUCCAGGAGAGAUGAAGAGCAGAGGGAGGAGGAGGAGAAGUCGUACAGGUCCAGGAGAGAUGAAGCGCAGAGGGAGGAGGAGGAGAAGUCGUACAGGUCCAGGAGAGAUGAAGCGCAGAGGGAGGAGGAGGAGGUCCAGGUGGAAGAAGAGGCUCCUGAUGCUGAGGAGGAAGAAGAGGUGGAAGAAAAACCAGGGAGUGCAUAUUCAAGAGAGCAGUUGAGUGAGAGGGCUGGAAUCAGGGAGGAGACGAGGAAGCAGAACGGCGAGCUCCACAAGGAGGGGACUCCUGACCUGCACAAGAAGCCAGAGCGUACGCUCAGUCGCGGGAGCCUUCGCUCACCCGAGGUUUCCAGCGCCGAGCAGGAGCAGGACGACGCCGCACGCCUGGAGGCCGAGCACAAACUGGAGGAGCUGAAGCGUCGCCGCGACGACGCAGAGAACGAAGAGUUCGAAAGGAUGAGACAAAAGCAGCAGGAGGCCGAGGCUGAACUGGAGGAACUGAAGAGGAAGAGGGAGGAGAGGAGGAAGGUGCUGGAGGAGGAGGAGAGACAGAGGAGGGAGGAGGAAGAGCAGAGGAGGGCCAGAGAGGAGGAGGAGAAGAGAAGGAUGAAGGAAGACAUUGAGAGGAGGAGAGCAGAAGCUGCAGAGAAGAGGCAGAAGGUGGAGGAUGGAGUGGAUGGAGAGGCCAAGCCCUUCAAGUGUGUCAGUCCCCGCGGCUCCUCACUUAAGAUCGGAGAACGCGCCGAGUUCCUCAACAAGUCCGCACAGAAAAGCUCGCAGAAGACAUCUCACUCCCCUGUCGUGUCCAAGAUCGACAACAGACUGGAGCAGUACACGUCUGCUGCGCAAAGAGAAAACAGAGAGUCCAGGUCUCCUCGCUCCGGCGCCAGCGACCUGCCCGCCGUCACCGACAACAUCCGAAACAUCAAGAGCAUGUGGGAGAGAGGAAACGUCUUUAGCUCACCAGGGGGCGCCGCGGGAACCUUCAAGGAAGCAGCGGUGAUGAAGACGGGCGUGGCCGGGCGCAUCAACGACUGGCUCAACAAAACUCCAGAGAGCGGCAAAGUCUCAGGCGGGAGACCGACGGACCUGAAGCCUGUUGAUGUGACCAACAAGAGGAGUCUAUGGGAGAACAAAGGAGCCAAGGUUUCAGGAAGAGACGAGCACAAAUCCGUGACCAAUGGAACAGGUCACUAACAUGAUGAUGGAGCCACCCAGCCCCCGGAUUCGUCCUCUGACUCCUCUAGAAACCUCCACGAACCCCCUGGCAGUAAGGGCACAGCACUGGACCCCGGCUAGAGAUUCUCCUGGGCUCAGUGUUUUUGCACAAAGUUUGGCGUAAAAGAAACGACGAUGCUGUGAAAUUUGACGAAUAACUUAUUCCAGAUCCUGCCGCGACGAAAGCGCUCAAAUUAGACUCCGCGUGGAGUCUGUCCCACAUUCCAGGUGCUGAAGGUCGGCGACGGAACUUCCUGGUUCCCAUAAAUACCCCAUCGCAACAUCACAGUUGGAUUAGCAUGAUGCUAAUGUUGAAGUGCAGGUCUUGUUAUGGUUAUCACAGCACUUUUGAGUUUAGAGCCUGGUGAACUGUGCUGUCCUUGGCUGAGACGAAAUCCUGAAUGUUCCAUGCGUACGGAGCUUUGUGUAGAUCCGAUGCCAGAUUAGCUUCAUUGUGCGUGUGGGUUGUACCCUGCGAAGGUUAAUGUCGCAGAUGCAGUUUGAAGGCUACUUGUAUUUUGAAGUAGAAAGAAUUAAGCAGCUACUUUUAUGGCAGAAAUUAAGUUUGCAGUUUGGACUGAGGAUACUGUAGGUCAAAGUUCACGUUAGAGAGUGUAGUUGAGUGAUAGUGCGAGCUUCAGAGUGGAUGCUUGGUUUACACGUCGCACCCAAGGUUAGCGUAGCAGCCUGUGUUUAGGACGCUAACGUAGGAGAAAGUCCUGUGAAUGUGAGGUGUGUGAGGACGGAGCUAAUAUGCAAGUUUACAUUGUCAUUUGUCAUGAAUUGGAGGUUGUCCAUACAUCAGCCCAACUCAAGGUUAGCGUUAGCAUUCGAUGCCAUGUUUGAUUUUCUCCUGAUCCUCCAAGACUAUUGAUAAAUAUCUGAGUCACUUCUCAAGAAAGAUCAUUUAAAGUUCUCCCUGAAAGUUCAUAAUAUGUGACAGUAAAAAUGUCCAGUCGCCGACCUUCAGCUGUCUACAUUCGCCUCGAUGACUGAAUUCUACGACACAUUCCAGAGAGAUGAUGAAACAAAGCCCUCUCCAUCUUGUUUAUUCUCUUCUUUAUUCCUAUUUAUAUUGAAGUCAAACGCGUCACCGUUUAUUCGCAGGAUAGGAACAUGAGCACUUGUAGGUUUAGCUGACUUCACUUAUCGUGCCGCUAGUGCCGCGAGAAGUAAUAUAUGCUAGCGCGCGCGACAUUCAAAUAUCCACCUUAUAUCACGUCAUUAUAUUCCUUUUUUUAUACUCACAAAAUUGUCCAAAGACAAAUGUGGAGUCAGACGGCCAUUUUUAUUUUAUUACCUUGUUUAUUUAUGCUAUUUUGUGUUUUGUACGUUUGAUCACUUAAAAAAAAAAAAAAUACUUCGGACAUUCCACUCUUAUCACACAGCCAGAACAGGAAGUGGGCGGAGCCAAUGAGGCUUUUUUAAAAUCUACCUUUCUUUUUUUUAUUGCUUCUAUGCACAUUUGUUAUGGCAACUUCGUCGUUGAUAACAGGGCACAUUACGAUAAAGAAGGUGCCUUUGCGUUUCGCGGUUAUUCUUGUUUCUACCACUGUGUGGCCUUUGUGGUCUGAUUUACCAAAACCAUGUGACACACUGAGGGACCAAUAACAGAAAUGUAUCCACACGAGUCGCAUUUAUGAAAUGCGAUUGUUUUGGUCUAGUAACGCGACUGCACUGCACCGCUAGCUUCUAAACCAUUACACCAAGUUUUUUCCAAUUCACUUGUUUUGUUUGCAAAAUUAGCUUGUGCUUCCAUCAAGUUCCACAAUUAGCUUAAUGUACUGUAGCGUUAGCGUCAGCUAAUGUUGCCAUCCAUCAAUCCAUAACUUUCAGAUUAGAGUUGGAAUCAAGUCCAAGUCACAUGGAUACACACGUCUUGAUCCUUGAUCGUUGUAGUCAUGUGACUUGUACUGGCCAGUAUGAAUGCAGUGAUGUCAUUAACAUGAGACCAAACCAGCAACUAUGCUUCAUUAACGUCUCAUGCAAUCUUGAAAGUUUAAACUUGACCUAUUCCUUCGCAAGUUCCCGACCGAAUUCCCUGAUUUGGACACGUGAAAGCAGUCACGACACGUUACCGGACCAAAUCUUUGCUACAGCUACGAGUCGCCCGAUCGAGUUCCAGUUGUAGCACACAGUUAAAUAAACACAAAUGAUUGGAAAACUGGAGCAGAAAAGUAGUUCUGAAUAUAUAUUUUUCUAUGUGAAAGAAACUUUUUCAGAGCUUUUAUGAGACCAAAAUAAUCACUCAAAGAAAACUUGAAUCAUUUUUUUUUCCAUGUCACAUCUCAAGACAAUCGGAGAAUUGACCAAAAUAUUUGUAUGUUUUUAUACAGUGUUUUUGAUUUUAUAUCAUUUGUUAUAUCAUGUUUAUCCAAACACACAAUGCAGCAACACUUUUUCUAAACCAACGUCAGUUGUUUCAACCUGGACAGCAGAAAUAAAAAAACAUUGACGUCUCUCA